CAAUUUUGUAUAUUUUUAAAAUAAACCUAGCAGUAUGUGUCGCGCGCUUAUUGCGGAAUGAGUGCCGUAACAGUAUUAUUGUGUAACUAUUUUUAUUGAUAUAUGUAUUUGCAUUGUUUAUAACACAUUCACAAUGCCUGACAUAGAAAAGCUUUUGAAACAAGCCGCAAUGCAAGUCGGAGCUGGUGGAAGUGCGGGAUUCAUAGAAGUCUGCAUCAUGCAUCCUCUGGAUCUCGUAAAAACGCGAUUACAAUUGCAAGCUACAAAAUCAUCAUUGAAAAGUUCAGAUCCUCACUAUUAUAAUGGAAUUAUUGACUGUAUGAAAAAAAUGUACCGAUACGAAGGAGUGACCUCAUUUUGGAAAGGAAUUCUGCCGCCAAUUUUAGCGGAAACUCCAAAACGUGCAGUGAAAUUUCUGACUUUUGAACAGUAUAAAAAGUUAUUUAUGUUCGGUUCCAGUACACCCACUCCUUUAACAUUUGCGCUGGCUGGGCUCGGAGCGGGUAUCACAGAAGCAAUUUUAGUUAAUCCUUUUGAAGUGGUCAAGGUGACCCUCCAAUCAAAUAAAGCUUUGGCAGCUCAAGUCCCGAGCACGUGGUCUGUAACCCGGCAAAUAGUCCGUGAAAGUGGACUAGGCUUCAGGGGACUAAACAAAGGACUUACAGCGACUAUAGCCAGGAAUGGCAUUUUCAACAUGGUUUACUUUGGAUUUUACCACAGUUGUAAGGGAUAUUUUCCUGAAUAUGAGGAUCCUCUUUUAGAGUUUGGUCGAAAAGUCACCCUCGGGUUUAUGUCGGGCGUCCUUGGUUCUUGCGUAAACAUCCCAUUCGAUGUUGCUAAGAGCCGCAUACAGGGACCUCAACCGACACCGGGUAUCAUUAAAUACAGUUCAACGACGGGAGCGAUAAUAUUAGUCUAUAAGGAAGAAGGAUUCCGAGCCCUUUACAAAGGAUUACUACCAAAAGUGCUUAGAUUAGGCCCAGGUGGUGCAAUUAUGCUGGUGGUUUAUGAUUACGUGUACCACUUCCUAGAAAAAAAAUUUGAAGACAAGCCAAGCCUUUAGAAUUUUUCUUACUAACGAAGGGAAUUUAUCUUUAAGUAGGUAGGUAUAGGGUGAUGUCUAAUGGAGAUAGAUAGGUAUACAGAAUAGACUUACUAAGAGACACAUGUUGCAAAUUAUGUCAUAAUAUGACAUAGUAGAUACAGAUAGGUACUCAUAGCAAAUAGGCAUAUGUGAUACCUACGUUUUAACAAACUUAUUUUCACACCACGUCGAUUCGUUACGUCGAAAAAUAGCAUCGUGAACUAUUUUAUUUGCAAUGCAGGAAUAUUAAACAUCUUAUUUUGUGCACACUCUGCACACUGGUCAUUUCUGUUUCAAUUGUGUAAAGAAAUUGUUAAGUAAGAAAUAUGAAUAAUAGUGAGAGACUUAAUAAAUUAUCUAACUAGGUACCUAGGUAGGUACCUACCUAUAUCACUAGUACCUUCCUAGAUGAAGUUGUAGAAACCUAAUGAUAAGAAGCAAUAUUUUUUAUACUACCCAUUGUCCGUUGUUAUAAUUAGUAUUGUAUUAUAUAUUUCGAAUAGGUAUUUAUAAAGUUUUUAAAUGAAAAUAAUUGUAUACCUAUAGAACUAUAGGUGCUCUUCCGACUGCAAGUCAAUUAAUCAGAAGUUUAAACGCCCUGACGGGGCUUCAUGUUGUAAUAUUAUAAUAUUUUUUAUGAUGAAAUUUACAUGAAUACAAAUAAAGGAAGAAUUAAAAAAACCACAACACAUAGGUACCUACUGAAUUCUUCAAAUUGAAUAUUAUAAUAAUGUUAUUAGUAUGAGGGUAGGUACAUAAGUAUGCAUUUUACAAAAUAACGAUACGAUAGAUUUUUGAUAUUAAUUUAUAUGCGAUGUUAUCAAUCCAAAUGGUACAUAACUAUUUCUAUAGAUAUGGUGUAUUUUUAAUUUGAUGUUGAUGUUUUCAUAAAUACAGCAUUUAUACAUCUAAUUACAAAAUUAACACAGCUGUAAACUGUGUAUUUGAGAGU